AAUGAUUGAGCUGUCACGUAGUUAGUACCUAGUCAGGGUCUUAGUCAAGGUGAAGUCCACAUUGAAAAAUUAAUGCAAGGACGACAAAACGCCUACGUGGCACCAAUCAAACUGUCAACCUUUGAAAUAUGACGAAGCGGCGCCAUCUUAGUCCCAUUACGCUUCCUUCUCGUGUAACUCGAUUCAGUCAGACCUGUACACCAAAGUAGCUAACACGUAAACGUCAAAAUGUCUCUCUACACAUCUAAUAGCCUGUUUCCAAACGCCAUUCCUAACGGGAACGCUACACAAAUGGAUGAUAAACCAAAGAACAGAAUGAUAUAUCUGGACGUCACGCCCGCUCGGACACCAUUUAAGAGAUUAACUUCACCAAAUACUGUAGCGCCGUUGAAGGAUAAUCUCGUUAACCCUAUAAUUAGUAAAGAUAUCAUAUAUGAGAAUAUAAAGCCCGUAUUUACAAUAAUGAGGCUCAUGGGCGUAUUACCAUUGACCAGGCCUAAACCAGCUGUGAAUCAAUUCCAAAUAGCAUCACCCUCUAUGUUGUAUUCAGCCAUUGUCUAUGUUUCCCUUGUUAGCUAUGUACUUUACUUGUCACUUCAUAAAGUUCAAAUAUUACGGACAACUGGUGCAGAGGGAAAAUUUGAGGAGGCUGUCAUUGAGUAUCUGUUUACGGUUUACUUAUUUCCUAUGAUCACCGUUCCUAUACUGUGGUACGAAACACGCAAAAUUGCUGCUGUUCUGAAUUCUUGGGUCCAAUUUGAGGUUGCAUAUAAACAAAUGUCUGGUCGAUCACUGCCAAUAAAAUUGUACAAUAAAGCGCUGGCUAUUGCGAUAGUUAUCCCUGUUCUCUCCACUACAUCGGUAGUCGUCACUCAUAUUACGAUGGUGCACUUCAAACUUACUCAGAUUGUUCCAUACAUAUUCCUUGAAAUAUUGACGUACAUAUUGGGAGGCUACUGGUAUCUACUUUGUGAAAGUCUCAGCUUCUCUGCUAGCAUUCUGGCCGAAGACUUCCAACAGGCACUGCGCUACGUCGGUCCUGCUGGAAAAGUAGCCGAAUACCGCGCUUUAUGGCUAAGACUUAGCAAAAUUGCUCGUGAUACCGGCAUCGCUAACUGCUACACUUUCACAUUCGUCAAUUUAUAUUUAUUCCUCAUUAUAACUCUCUCGAUUUAUGGCCUCCUGAGCCAAAUCUCUGAGGGUUUUGGAAUUAAGGAUAUAGGCUUAGCGUUGACUGCCCUUUGCAGCAUUUUCUUACUAUUCUUUAUCUGUGACGAAGCCCACUAUGCAUCUCAUAAUGUCCGUACGAUCUUUCAAAAGAAACUGCUAAUGGUAGAGUUAUCAUGGAUGAAUGCUGAUGCGCAGACUGAAGUGAAUAUGUUCCUUCGCGCGACUGAGAUGAAUACUUCCCAAAUCAGUCUUGGAGGAUAUUUUGACAUUAAUCGUACUCUAUUCAAAUCUUUGAUGGCAACAAUGGUGACGUAUCUAGUGGUGCUGCUGCAGUUCCAGAUAAGCAUACCUGACGAGAACCAACUAGAAACUGGAGAGGAAUCAAUCGCAAAUGUGACAUCGUCCGUUACUGAAGCAAUGACAACAACUACCACCCUCACAACUAUACUUACAACCUUGGCUAAAAAGAAAAAGAAACAUUAAUAUAUAUUAUAUUAAUACUU